GGUUAACGAACGAGGGAAGUUAGAAAAAGGAAUGCCGUCAGACGUUUUAUUUUGGGAUAACACAAAAAUAAAAUAUCGCGGGAUGGUACUGUAGAUGAUGUAAUUAUCAUCCUUUCUAAAGAAGGCAAUAAGAUCCGUGGAAAGGGUCAUGUCAAGGGAGCGUCACGGAAGAAAAUGUUCUCCAGUGAGAGAGCGGAUUCUUGACAGUAGUUCAAAUGAUGACUGGGAAACAUUAUUUGAGUCAAGUGCAACUGACAAAGGUACAUGACUACAAUUCAUUUAUCAGCUUUAUUACCCUCUUGUUAUUACAUUUGAAUUAUAUAUAAGACUGUAUCCAACGGCGAUGCAAUGACUCCAUUUUGCCACUGCGAAAAGAACGUCCGAUCAAGUUUGGUUUAAAUCUUUAAAGCAAAACAUGGAUUUGAACGGGUCUGCUUGCCUAUGUCCAGUCGGCAAGGUGGAGUGAGAAAAAAAAGCGAAUCAUCUCAUUCAUAUUUGAAGGUUGAUAUUUAACUUCGUCGUGUAUUUUAAAAAAUAGAAAAACCUUUAUUAUGAAACGUUGCAUGAUAAUUAAAUGUAGUUUAAAAUUCCAUCCAAGUGAGAUCAUCGUCUUGUUUUUAUCUCUGAUGCUAUAAGGCAGUGUUCAGUAAACAACAUAACUCCAAAUACUAAGGGCCACAGGAAAAUCGUCAUUAUUUCAUUAGGCAAAAUUGUUUAUAUAUUGUUUUGUGAGGUUUUCGAAAGGAGAGGCUAGAGCAGAAAGCUUUUUUGAAAUCACCACUCAGAGCAUACAUGUACAGUGUAUUACAUUCCAUGUACACUUAUUGAAACAACUCCAAAAUACUUUUGUAAAAUUUGAGUCUCAGAUGUUUCAUAUUUUCUAGGGUUAAUAUGAUCAGAUCGUAUUGUCAGCAGUUUUACAUGAAGCAUAAUAUUGUACAUGUAACUUGGCAUUAAGCUACUGCAUGACCAUGAAAGUUCAUUUACCUGUAAUGAUUUCUAAGAUUGCUACUUGACUUGAAAUUGUUUGACCAGGUGGUAGUUCCACAGAAAACCUGUAAUUAUAAAGAGGUAUAAAAAUUCCCAAAAAGGCUUCAAACCACUAAGUUGUUUAAUCUUAACAUUAUUUCAGUACAUGUGCAUCUGUUCUCACUUUCUUAUUACCACUAGUACAUGAAUUUGUAUACAGCUUGUGUUUAUCUUUUAUCAUUCAUCAGAUUACAUUUGCUAGAAGGUUAUGCUAUAUAAUUUGACAAUAAUAUCAUUAAUUACGUUGUUUGUACACAGUAUCUUAAACCAACCUCCAGGGCAAAAUGUCUGUAAUGUUAUGUGGAAAAAUCUGGUAAAUAUAAAUUUUUUACCAAAUUGAUGUCAGUGAUAAACUAAAUUAUUUUGUCUGACAAAAUGUCUGUAAUGUUAUGUGAAAAAUCUAGUAAAUAUAAAUUUUUUACCAAAUUAAUAUCAGUGAUAAACUAAAUGAUUUUGUAAAAUGCAAAAUGAAGACUGUCACCCUGGAUCUCUCAAGACAGCGUUCAGGAAAAGGUAACAGCUUGUUGAACUUACAACCUACCAGCUUAUGUCCCUAAUGUCUUUUGGAUACUUUAGCAUACUGUUGUAAAUUGUAGAUGGUCAGUGACAAUCCUUUCUAUGCCAUACUGAUGACUCUUCACAGGCGAAGUUUUUGUGCUGAAUGAUUCUUUGAAUCGAGAUUGAAUGUCAAAGGAGCCAUCUAUUGGCUAGGACUUAAAACAAAUACAUGCAUGGGUUGGUGAAAAAAUUUUGGUCCAGUUCAUUUAAUUUGGAUUCUUUUUCUCUUUAUAAUAAUAUUGUAUUAUGCUGGAGCAGGAUAGUUGGAAAAAGAAACUUUUUUAUUACAACUUGGAUUACUCCACCUGACAAGUAUUAAUUACAAUGUGUAACAUUUUAAAAUAUUUGAGAGAGCAGUGAUCAAUGGCAAAUAUGGAUUUUUUUUCUAAUUUUUCAUUGGCAGGGAAAACUCAAACCUCUAAAGCAGAUCUUGAUCUUUACAAUUUUGAGGAACCUACAGCGCAGCUGAGUCGUUAUGUCUUGACAAGUCCAAGGUCUCUGGAGGUGAGAUAAUGUCACAUGACACAAACUUGAGAUUUUUGUUGUCUCUUGUUGGAAAUUACUGGCGUCUGUGUUGUUUAUGCGUAUCCAGACCCUUGCCUUCUUUCCUAACCACAGGCUUAUUUAAUUGUUGAACUGUUUUCAAAUGAGUGUGGUGUCCAUGGGUUAGUCAAUGGGCAGGUGUAGAUUUUUCUAAUGAUACUUAAUUAUGAUUGAAUGUACCUGUAUUAUGUUGAAUGUUACAGUGUAAGUUUAUUGGUAUCAUGAGCACAAUAUAUUUCAAGUUGUGUUUUUAGACUGUGAUUAACAGUUACUUUGUUACCAUUUUUGUCUAAUUAUGUCUCUAUCUUAAAAUUGCAUAAUAUCCUCAAUGAAUUUGCAAAUACGAUUCUCCCAAAAUUUCAGAAAGAUGAUGGAAAAGAAAUAAUGAACCCAACUCAAAAUUUGUUUUAUUAUAUAAUAAUAGUUUUGUACUGUAUUUUGUCUGUGAUAAAGGUCCUGUGUACUAGACAGUAUCUAACUUUUUUAUCAUAUAAUUCAAAUAUAUACCAAAAUGAUUAAUACUAAAUAUUUUUUUCUUUGUUUUAGGCAUGUGGAAGGUUUGGAAUAAAGGUAUCUUGUGCUUGAAGCAAAAUUGAUUGAAUGAAAUUACAAUUGUGACCUCUAUUUAUAUUCCCUUUUACAUGUAUGUCUAAAAAUAUUGAUACACAAUUUAAUUUAUUAAGUAAAUUCCUCUCUUUCAUUUCUAAGUAAUUACUUGCUAUAAUAUUUAGCCUGUAGAACUGUUACACAAGUCACUGGAGGAGUUUGUUGAGGAAUUCAGAUCUUUGUAUGAUACUGACUACCCACUGCAUGCUGUGCGACAAGUGUUCCAGGAACAUGAACGACAAAGACUUAGUAUGUUUAAUACUUGUGAUAAUAGUGCACAGGUUAUAUGAAAUUUGAAAAAAAAUAGAGUUUUUUACAUUUUCAUCUGAUCCUCAUUCUGACUUUAAAAGCAAAAAUGACAUACCCUAUGUUUUGUAUGGUUGAUAUAAGUGUAUUUGUAUGGCAGAUAAUGCAGAAGAGACAAAGCUAUAGCGUAGCCCAUAAUUAUACAAAGUAGUAGUAACCCAUCAAGCUGAAAAAAUUUGGUUGUAUGACCGUACAACCAUACGACCAUACAAGGUGCUACUUUUAACAUGCGUGUCAACUUUACUGCGGGUACACCAACACCACAGCUUGAUAAUGUUUUUCCUGAUUAGUACAUGUAAAUGAUCACCAGUCCAGAGGGUCUUACUAAAAAUUUGACGUGAAAGACACAGUUACAAUUGAAUACACUAGUUAAUGUCAAAAUUCAGCCAUAAAAUAUAACUCUGUGAGCUCAGUAUGUGGAUUGACAAUGUUACCAGUUCAUUUUUUUUUUGUGUGUCCUGAUAGGAAAAUUAAAGCUUUGCAGAGAGGAAAGGGAAAGGAUAAUUAGGGAAAGAAGUUCAGAGUCUGUCACCAGCAGUCAACAUAGACAUUUCACAUCAAGGUCACUAAGCCCUGGUGAGAGGCUUUCUUAUAUAAUGAGUUAGUUUUUUUUAAUAGCAUGCUGACACGACUUAACAGGUAUAAAAAAAAAUGGAGGCCUUAUGAUGCCUGCUUGUACAUUAAGGAGGAACAAAUAUUGCCAGGAAGUUUAACCUCUGUUUAAAUUUCCAUACCAACCCACCCUAAAGUUAUGACAAUCUAAUUAACUAAAGACAGACAGAGUAAUAAUUUUAAAGAUAAUGAAAAGUAAUCAUAACAUUAUAAUGAUGAGUUCAUUAUUUCACUUUUUGCAUUUUAUUUUUUAAAAUAAGGAUUUUUUUUUGGUUCUCUGAUCCUUGUGCCGCAAUUGUAGUGCUUGAUAUUGGAUUUAUUAACCCUUUAACUCCCAGAUCAAAUUUUUAGUUCUCCUUACUGUCAACCAUACAAUUCUUAUGUUAGUUCAGAGAAUUUGGUAUUGGAUCAACUAAGUAUCCCCAAAUGGAUAUUUUUCUUUUUUCUCAUCAUAAUCACUUAUCUGGUUAAUAUUGCAUAAAAUAUUGUGAGGAGAAAUUCUGUCUUGGUCACACAUGGGAGUUAAAGGGUUAAAAGCAUAAUUUUCUUUGUAAGGGAUAUUGAUUGCUUUUAUCAGAAAACAAACCAGACAACAGAUGGAGAAAAUCUUAUGAGGAAAAUGGUCGAAAUGGAAGGACACCCUCUCCUGUUGAAAGACAGAAGUAUCACAGGUUUGAACUGUUUUAUUACAUGCACACCUACAGCUACUGUACAUGUGGUGCUCAAGUUAAUAUUAUCAAUUUAGAGAUUGAGUGUGUGCUUAUGUAUAUUAUGGUAAUAAAGGAUGUUAUAAUUUUCUGCUGGACAACCACUGUACUAAGAAGAUAAGGUGCAUGUGGUCCUAAAGUGUUACUGUAAGUUGUCACAAUUGUCACAAAUUCAAUUACCAAAUGUACCACAAUGAAAAUAGGCUUGUUAUGUUUCUAUACAUUCCAGACUAGUCAAAAUAAAAUAAGUUCUUGUUUAAUAUUAUGAUCAAAUGUAGAAAGUGAAUUUAAAAGAAAGCAAAGAGAAUCAUCAGUACAACAUAAGUACAGUGGAAGAAGAGGCAGAAAGAUGAUAUUAUAUUAAAAGAAAUUAAAAGACAAACUUAGCAGGUUCUAACUGAGGUUUGGACAAAAACAGUGCAAGUUGAUGAUUAGGAUUUCAGGUGGAAGAUGCAUAUUUUCAAAAUGAACUCGAUUGCUCAAUUUUAGAUCUAAAAGCACAGUUUUUAUAAUUUGUAACAUUAAAUUUAUACAUUUAGUAUUUUUUUUUAGAGGUUCAAGUCCACUGGAUGGAAGAGGAAAGGAAAAUAUGUACAUGAUGGACAGUAAAGCCUUGAAACCUCCAACAGGGCACACAAACUACAGGUUAGUAAUUUGGUGUUUUCUUAUAUAUGGUGUAUUCAUAAACCAGGCAAGGCAGCAAGUUUGAUGUUGUUACUACUUGUGCCUAUUUUAUUUAAUGUGUGGUACUGUAUGAGUGUUACUGUUUGGUUUUCUUGUUAGAAAUGAAUAGUUGAGUAGAUACCCCAUGCUGCUGAUGCCUUCUUUGUCAAGGCCAUGUUACAUUGUAAGAAAAUAAAUAGAUUUAGAACAGCGAUUACACCAAAGGCAGAAAGAAGAUUGCAGUUUUACUGUCUGCCUUAAAUUUCCACUGCUGUGAAAAUGAGCUAUUUUGACCUUUGAACCUUUAAGAGGGACUUACAUCUAAUUUCUUUUAACAAUAUUACCAAUGCAUCAAACAUGUUAAAGCUUACUAGUACAAAAGAGAUGAUAACAAAUUAAAGGAGCUCUUGAUUGUUAAACAAAUUCUCCUUGUUAGCACAUUAAGAAAUUAAUAGAAAACAAUAUGGAGAAUAUGGAUACUGAUGUUAGGGUGUAAAGGGUAAGGCCACAUAUUAACCCUUUAACUCCCAGAAGUGAUCAACAUAAACUUCUCCCUACAAUAUCCAUACAUUAUUUAGCAAACAGGUAAUGAGAAUAUUCAAACUUAUCAGGUAGAAGCUGUUAUCUUGAUCUAACACCAAGUUCUCAUAACUAAUUUACAAGGAGUUGUGUAGCAGCUAGAGGGGAGAAUUAACAAUCAGAUCUUGGAAGCUAAAGGGUUCAUUUCAAAUUUAAUUUUUGAACAAUCUCUCUGCUGCGGACAUUACUAACAUACCAGUCAGCUGAUUGCAUGAAGGGGUUGAUUUAAUGAAUAUUGUCUAAUUUAUUUGUUGUAUUUCCAGUGUAUUUAGGGAUCAGAGGUAAAGAAGCAAAAUUACAUGUUCCUGUUCAUAGCAAACCUGGCCCUAAAUCUAUCUGUUACUGACUAAAUAAACUAUUAAUAGCUAAGUGUGGUCUAUCUGAUUCAAUUCUUUACAGGAGUCAGUAUACUUCAAGUAAAAAGAGUCAAAGUCCUGUAAGCCCCAAAGGCAUUAGUAUGAAUUACCCUGAGAGCUCUGACUCGGAGACUGGGGCAGACAGCAAGAGGACGUGGUCUGCAAGCGGUUAUUAUUCAAAUGAACAGUCACCCAGAACAAGAAAGAAGCCCUCGUCUGCAGGAUCCUCUAGAAAAAGAAACACUUCGCUCAUCAAGAGAACAGCUUCUAUGGAUAGCAUCGACCUGUUACGUUCGGUGCCACUUGCGUCAAGUGGAAAGGGUUUGUCCGAAAAGGUAGCCACGAUUUUGAUACUGCUAAAUUUAGAUCAAGCUAAUAGGCCAUUGUAGACAUUGCCAAGCCUCUUUUUCAUAACCAAGGCACUGCUUUAUUAUUCUCAUUUGUUAGUAACACACAUUUUCCAGUUUUUGCAGUUACCCUUAUUUCGAAAGUCAGGGGUUCUGGUAGCUCAGGAACGGCCUGUUGUUAAUGACUACAUAUAGUUCACUGUACCUGUUUGUCUUCAUUAAUUUGACAUGUUUGUAACACUUGAUUUUUUGUGAAGGAUCAACGCAUUGUUAACUUAAUGAUGUCCAGACACGAAGAAGAAGAGAGAGCCCGCAAAGAACGAUUGAUGUUAGAGUUGGAGUGGGACGAACAAAGAAAAAUAGAAGAACAAAUGAAAAAAGCUCGACAGCAACAGAGACAAGCUGAAAUAUGGGACACAUAUAAGGCCAAAGAUUCUAAACAGGUCUCAGGAAUUCACUGUACAAUGUUUCCUACAAAAACAAUGACACUAUUUGUCGAGUGAUCUUUUGUGUCGACAUUUUCAGCACAAAUUUCCCUAAAUGUGAAUGUGACCAUCUUCCUUUAGAAAAAAAUUACGCUAAACGGUUUUGCUUUUCACAAUUCUAGUUUGAAGUACGAGCAAGAAGACUGAGAAAUGAGCAGAGGUUGAAAAAAGAUAAACUUGAGAUGCUGUUGUCAAAGGACAGCGCUUGGCAGAAGGAGAAAAGAAAACAGGAACAAAUAAGGGUCAGUGUCGACAACCAACCCACAUUUUACACUGAUGUGUUAGCGAUGUUACAUGGGUAUACUAUACCGAAGAAAGAGGUUCUGCAAAGAUGGAAUCAGACUGCUGCUCACAUCUCUUACCAAUUUAAACAUCUUUUUCCAGAAUUUUAAUGUGAGGUUUUUAAGGGGAAGUGGAAGUCACAGUUAAGAAUUUAGGAGCAGGUGCAACGUUCAUGUACAUGGAGCAAAAUAUGGUGAAUAUUGGUGAAGUGGACCACUCUCAACCCACAAUUUCUCUGACGAAGGGCUAACCCACGAAACACCAACUUUACGAAGCCUUUACGAUAGCCACUUCACAUUAUCAACUUAGUUUAUUAGUCAAAUUAUCUUGUAUACCCCCAACAGCGCCACAGUUUCUUUUUUUCGAAACUUACCCCUUUCUCGAAGCGUUUGCCUUAUUUCAAGAUUCCAUACCAUUUUCUGAUGUGUGUUGAAAACAAACUAUGAUCUGUGGUCUUGAAAACUCGCCUCAUCAGAAUUAGAAUUAGAAUUAAAACAAGGCGUGACUUGUUACCUCUUGCACUAACAGGCAUUUUCUUGUCUUUACUUGAACCCUUUAAACCUUAGAAGUGACCGGUAUCUAAUUUCUCCUCACUGUAUCACCUCUGAAUCAAACAUGAAGGUCACGAGAAUAAAGAAAAUGAUCGCUAAUCAAAGAAGCUGUUGGUUGUUUGACAAACUCUCCUUGUUAAUACCUCAAGAAAAGUGAAGAGAACAGUGAGGAGAAUACACAUACUGAUAUUAGGCUGUAGACGGUUAUUAAGGCCUCAUUGGUUCCUUGCAAUAUUUUCCUUGUCCUGAUUGUUAUUUAUGAUUAUCUUGGUUUUGGUUUUACGAUACUCGCUGGAAAUGCACAGUAAAGGUUUCCUAGUCAUGUAUUGAUUCAAUUUUUUAAAACUCCAGGGUACAAAAAUGCUGACCAAGAAAAUCAAAGAAACCGAGAAAAAACAGAAGCAGGUAAAGAUAAGAGCCAUUAUGUAACUGUACAAAUCUAAUGACUAUCUUCACUCAACAUUCCUAAUCCACAUAUUUUUACAUUUAUUCAUUUCUUUGAUAUGUCAUUGUUAUAACAGGAAGAAAAUCUCUGGCAGAAAGAAAGGGAAGACGAACUACAUCGCAACAUGACCCAGCUUAAUCUUUUAGACAGACACAAAACUGCUGUUGAGAAGAGGGAUCGUUUAUCUGCUCAAGAACAUAUGGUACGUUGCACGGUCACCCUCAUGAGUAACUUUGAAUCGUCACGAGUUUAUCUGUGACUUUUGCCCAAGUAAACAAACAUUGAUCAGAAGAGUUUUCGUUUUGAGCAGAAUUUCACAAGGUUUCCGGUUAACCACUUCAAGAAGUUCCACAAUACCGUAUUUUCAAUUCAUUUAUCUCCUUGACAUGACUAACGGGAAACUGUCUUUUGCCACAUGAAUAUUUUUGACCAUUUCCAAACACCGAAGUGAAAGGGGUGUUUUCAUAGACAGUGUACUUUCUCGACGUGAGAGUGUCUUUGAUCGGGAGAACCAUCCUCUGCUUACACUAGAUUUGCCUAACUUUUGUACGACAGAAACUUCAAAGUCGAAAUCACAGUGCGAAAACCAGACACGCUAGUACGAGAAAACAGUUCAUUCAACAGUUAAGGUCAGUGGCAGUACACAUCACAAACAAGGCAACUGGUAAAAUUGUCUUGCUAAGCUAACAGUUAUAACAGCUGCAAUGUAACCUGCGCCAACUCAUGAAAUGGCUCGCAUUGCUGGUGCAAUGUAGUUUUGUACCAUAUCAUCAAAUUCUUUGUGUUCUUCUUGCGGCCCGUGCGACGAUCAAAAGGUGUUGAUGACAGUUUUUAAGAGAAGAUUAAAAGGAAAAAAAUUACAACUCGAUCGUUUAGGGAAUGUUUUUCGAGAGGUUGCGCGUGUUGCUGUCAUAUCAGAAUGCUGUCACUAUGUGUCAUCAUUCGCUCUGACGAAGGGCUAACGCUCAAAACGUCAGCUUUGAAAUUCUUUAGGGUGGCCAAUUUACAUUUUCAACUCCGGUGACAAAACCAAAUUAUCUACAUUUUCAUCUUGUUACUGAUUCACAGCCAAGAAGAAGAGAAUCUAAAACACGAAGUGGCAAUUAAACAUCAAAACGCUGUGAUGAAUUACCAGAGACAACUAACUCGAAAAGAUAACCAGAUGGCGUUAAACAGGUAAAUACAUGCAGUAGAUAUUAUGCUAAACCUUCUACGCCCUAAUAUCAAUAUGCAAUAUGCUGACAAGGAGAAAAACUGCCGAAUGGAAUUUUUCAUUUGGGCGUGGCAUUACUGAUUUAUAUGUAUACAAAUGGACUUUUGUUUUUAAGGAUAAAGAGAGAGGAGCGGAUUGAAAGGCAGCAGGAACAGUUGAGGAGGAAGGCGAAUGACAUGGAUGAAUGGAGGAGAGAACUCACAGUUUUCAGGGGAGAGGUCAGGCUACCGUUUUAUGUUUAGAAGUGACAUUUUUGGUUGAUUUCAUUCUGCUUAUUAGUUUUAUAACUGUUCUCUUAACGGCCAGUUUGGAGUCCAGGGUGAAGCUUGACUCUUUAACUCCCAGAUCAAAUGUGUAAUCCUCUUUACUGUCAACCAUACAAUUCUUAUGUUAGUUCAGAGAAUUUUGCAUUAGAUCAAGUAAUUAUCCUCAAAUUAAUGUUUCUUUAUUCUCAUCACUUAUCUGGUUGAUAUUGUAUUGCUAUUGUAAGGAGAAAUUCUGUCUCGGUCACUCAUGGGAGUUAAAGGGUUAACAGGAUAAGACGUUGACUGAAAUAUUGUUCGCCACAGGACACACUAUGUAUUUCAGAUACUAAUGUAAGUUAAUUAACGUAACAUACUUUGUUUGUUUUGUAGAAAGACAAGCAAGCUGAAGGCACUGCCAAAAUGGUAAUAGCAUCCAAACAGCACAGAGUUAAAUCACAGCUUGCCUCAGAGAAAGACGAACAUCAACAAAAUCUAGUAAGGUAAUAUGACGUCAAAGAAAAUAUCUGUUUUGGGAUAUCUGCGAAAAACGUCCCAUUUAUACAAUUUGUUGUUUCCAUAUUAAGAUGUCUCUGAUAAUAUUCCUUUUUGAACCUAAAAGUUGCUUUCCCAAGUGAUUGCCGAAACAUAUUUUUCCUCACGCUGUGUUUGCACUAAUUUCCCGAUUUUUUUUUAUGUACAAUGAAGAUAUAGUUAUCGGGAUUAACUGUGCCUGCAUUUCAGUAUCCACUAGGGGCGUAGUAAACGUUUUUAACUUUAUAAAGAAACAUACACUUCUUCUUAAUUGAAGACGAGUUGUCGCGAAACGAUUUCUUGCUUUCUCAAAGACUGUCUAAAUUCGAUGUAAUAAGGUUCAAACAUUUUGCAGAGUAAAACAAGCUCUUGAAGAAAGGAGAAGGGAAAUUCAAGAAGAUAUUGAAGUUAAAGAUGAGCGAAGUAGAAUGGUUAAUGCAGAAAAAGAGGAAAUCCGGAGACUGGUGAGUUUUGCCAAUAGCUUUGCUCUAUUUUCCUUGUAAUUUUUCUGUGAUAUCUUUGACAAUGUUCUAACUUUUCGCCAAUAAUUAUGUCGUAAUGUCAUUUUUAGAACCGUGAUGCAGCUCGAACUUCUCAGGCCGUGAGGGACUUGAUCAGAGAACAGACGCUUAGAAGGUAAAAAAAUUUGCGGUCGAGUAUUCUGAGCCCUCCUUCGAGGCAUGCAAGCAUUGUUAGCUUUUGUACAAUACGGGAGCAAAUCACCAUUCUAUUGAAUAGAUUAAGAAGGACAUAUACGGCUAACGCCAACAGCAAAAUUUACCUCUGAUUUCACUAACUUUUCUGCUAAUUCCCAAGCAACACCAUCGGAAAAAUUUAUUAAUACUUAUUUUUUUACAAAAACUUCAUCUAUUUUCACAACGCUUUACAAACAGCCAGAAGGCAGACAUGUUCUUUAUGUACAUUCUCGCAUUCGCGUUAAGGCGGUGUUACACUGACUUACUGACUUGCACUCGACCUACUUAUACCACAGGACGAUUACAACCGGCAGUAAGGAGGCAGUGAUUCUUUACUAUAUUGUGCAAUCGAAUACUAGUUUACAUAUAAGAGUAUAUCUUAACUGUAGAAGAAUAUAAGAAGUGGAAAUACUGCUGAUCAUUGAAACAACUGAUCAUUGAAUUUUUGUUAUUCUUACUAGUUCCUUUGACAGAAUGGCAGAGGCUGCUCAACACCAAGCUCUUGUAGGGCGUGGCCCACAGACAGGACAUAAAAAUAAAUCCACUUUGAAACUGGGUUAAUUAACUAACAUAUGAAUUCGGGAGUGACUGCUAGUGAUUAUGUUUGCAAGCGUAAUUGGAAAUUGUCAAAAUAUGAAUCCUUUGUAAUAACGACAAACUAAUGUGAACAAGUAAUUCCUCGAUUUUAAUGAACUAUUUAUUUUAUCUGCACAAACACAUCAUGCGUAGUUUAGGGCGUAGGCCAUUUUGUAGCUCGUAUCCAGAAUCAAAACUUACCUUGGUGCAUGUAAGAUGUGCAUGUAAACCAAGUAAUAAUUUUUUCUCAACUAAGCAGGGUACGAAAUUUUUCAAGAGAAAACUGAACGCUUGGCCCCUCUCCGGUGUAUAUAAGUUAUGUACGUUCGCCUGAGGAAAUACCUCACUGAGGUUAAAUUCAUAAUGUGUAUCACUGAUGAAAAUAAAACUUAC